AUGCGCCGCUGGAGCGCCGCCGCGUCCCGCUGGGCGGCGGUGGCCGUGGUGCUGGCUGUGGCGCUGGGGACCACGGCCCUCGCGCGCGCCGAGCGGGACCGCGACCCGCAGCCGUAUGACCUCCGCAAGGACGUGACGAAGUACACCGAACGCGCCGAGGCCGACCGCGUCGUCGGACUGCCGGGGGCGCCCCAGGGCUCCCAGCAAGUGCUGUACUCGGGCUUUCUGGAAGUGGACCAGCAGGCGGGGCGAGAGCUCUUCUACGUCCUCGCGGAGGCCGACGAGGACGCGGAGAACAAGCCGCUCGUGCUGUGGCUGAACGGCGGCCCGGGCUGCUCGUCCGUGGGCGGCGGCUUCAUGACGGAGCUGGGCCCGUACUACCCGGUCCGGGACGACACGUGCCCCGCCGACGCGCCCACCUGCCCCAUCAAGCUCGUGGCCAACGACAACUCCUGGACGCGCGAAGCCAACGUCAUCUUCCUCGACUCCCCCGCCCUCGUCGGCUUCUCGAGGUCCUCGCGGGCGUCCGACAACGUCGUCGGCGACGCGCGCACAGCGCGCGACGCCCUCCGCGCCCUCCUCGUCUUCACGCGCCGCUUCCCGGUCUACUCCAACCGCCCGUUCUACGUCGCGGGGGAGUCCUACGGUGGCCACUACGUCCCGAACCUGGCCGCCGCCGUCGUCGCGUGGAACAAGGGCGCGUACGAGCCCGUCCCGGCCAUCCCCGGCGGCGGCUUCUCGAUCCCGUUCGAGUGGCAGGACGAGUUUGGGGAUGUGUCGUUCGACCUGCGCGGGGCGCUGAUCGGGAACCCGUGGACGGUGCCGUUCGUCGAGACGGCGGCGACGCUGGUCAACCUGUGGUCGCGCGGCAUCAUCAGCGACGCGUCGCUCGUCGGCGCGCUCACGUCGUGCGACAUGGCGACGACGGGGCCCGUGGGGGCCGAGGACGCGGGCGACGGCGGCGACGGCGGCGCGCAGGGCGCCGCCGCGGACAUCCUCGCGGGCAUGGGCCUGCCGCCGGACAUCACGCAGGCGCUGCGCGUGGGGUGGCAGGGCGACGUCGUCCCCGCCGCGCAGUCCGGGGAGUGGACGCGGCGCGGCGAGGACGGCGACGCGGACUUCGAGGACGUCGACGACGCGGCCGCGAGCGAGGACAAGCGCGAGCCGCCCGCGCCCGCCGCCCGCGACGUGGGCUUCCGCCGCCACGCCGCCGUCGACCAGGGCCGCGUCGGGGGCGUGCCGAGCCGGCACGCGUUCCUCCGCGGCCUCGACAUGAUCCCCGCGGCCGGCGGCAAGCUCGUCAAGUGGGUCGGCGACCUCGUCCGCGUCCCCAAGCCCUCGCGCCAGGUCCCCGCGAUGACCUCGCACGCCGAGUGCCAGCACUACCUGGAGAUGGUGCUGUCCGAGAUGGGCCCCAUCAACAUCUACGACAUCUACGUCGACGUGUGCCGGCGGGGCGCGGGCGCCGCGUCCGACACCGCGCGGCAGCUCGCGCGCGUCCUCGGCGACCACCCCGCCGGCGUCGCCCUCCGCGGGUCCCUCCGCGGCCGCUACGACCCCUGCGUCGACUCCGAGGCGUCGCACUUCCUCAACCAGGCCGACGUGCAGCGCGCGCUCCACGUCCCCGCGGGGCCCGGCGGCCAGGCGGUGCCCUGGACGAUGUGCAACCCGUCGCUCGACUACUCCCGCGACGACCUGCUGACGUCGAUGCUCCCCGUGUACCGCUGGCUCCUGAAGGAGGCGCCCAAGGUGAAGCUGUUCGUGUUCUCGGGGGACGUCGACGGGAUCAUCCCCGUGCUAGGGACGCGCGUGUGGGUGCGGCGGCUGAUGCUCAAGCAGACGGAGUCGUGGGGGCCGUGGUACGACUCGAACGGCCAGGUCGGGGGGUACCGCGCCGGGUACGGGUCCCUGUGGUUCUCGACGGUGCGCAACGCGGGGCACAUGGUGCCGUACACGCAGCCCGAGCGGAGCGUGGACCUGCUGCGGUGGGCCUUCGAGGAGGGGGCGAAGUAG